AAGCUUUAUCAUCGACUGAUCGUCCGUAGUGUCUACUCGCUUCUCCUCUUGUUCAGGCUGCUGAAUCUUGAAACGCACCAAAAUUGAGCAUCUUUAUAAAGGACUGUGCAUUAAGGAGACCAAGGACUAAUGAUAUACGAUCAAACCGGGCGUAGCGAGCCCACGGAGUACGAGAGAACCGCAGCAGCUACUAUGGCUUUUUCGCCGUUCCUUAUGAGGCCCUCUACGGACUACAGCAUGAGUGCAAUUUUGGGGCAAGUGAGUCAAGUUGGGCAGAACCCGUACCAAGUACCGGGUAUGCCGCAUGGUAUACACCCUAGUAUCUUGCCUAAAUUACAGCAAACGGUUGCUAGGACUCCUCUUACGCCCGCAGAUAUCAUAGCCCAUCAACACAUGGCAAGGGGCUACCCGCGCCCUCUAGAGCCAGAGCCCGACGUUCAAGAUGACCCUAAGGUAGAAUUGGACAAUAAAGAACUGUGGGAGCAAUUUCAUAAACACAGUACCGAGAUGGUUAUUACGAAAUCUGGGAGGCGAAUGUUUCCCGCAUACAAAGUUAAAUUAUCUGGACUUGACAAAAAAGCCAAAUAUAUACUCCUAAUGGACUUGGUCGCUGUUGACGAUUGUCGAUAUAAAUUUCACAACAGCCGAUGGAUGGUCGCCGGAAAAGCUGACCCAGAAAUGCCGAAACGAAUGUAUAUUCAUCCCGAUUCUCCAAGUAGCGGAGAACAAUGGAUGUCCAAAUUAGUGUCAUUCCACAAACUGAAGCUGACGAAUAAUAUCUCAGACAAACACGGCUUUCAGACCAUCCUGAAUUCGAUGCACAAAUACCAACCACGGUUCCACCUGGUGAGAGCGAACGACAUUUUGAAGUUGCCAUACAGCCAAUUCAGAACAUACGUUUUCAAGGAAACAUCGUUCAUUGCAGUGACCGCCUAUCAAAAUGAAAAGGUGACCCAAUUGAAAAUUGACUACAACCCAUUUGCCAAAGGAUUUAGAGACACUGGGACAGGGAAACGUGAGAAAAAACGUCUUAUACUCGGGCCAUCGAGCAACGCACAAUCUGUAGCCAGUUCUGACGGAAAAUCCGGCCCCAGUAUGUCGCCAGGGUGUAGUGACUACCAUGACAACAGUAACCAUGACGACCACAGUGAUAUCCAUGACAGUGAAAAUGACAAUAGUGACGAUGAAGAAGAUAUGGAAAUAUGUGUGGAUGACAGACCAGAGGAAAGCAAUCCGCCCGAAGUGAUGUCAACUCCAAUAAACGUUCCACAAAUAACUCCACAUAUUACUCCGCCAAUCAAAGACGAAAAUGAAUCUAGUGAAAAAACUGCAACAACUCAGCGUAGCCAUAGUAAUUACAGCAUCAAAAGUAUAAUUGAGGACACAUCUGAUGACGUCAGGAACAAUGAUGACGAUGUUGAUAACGCUAAAGAGAACACUGAAAAAGACAAUGACAAUAGCCCCUCAGUACCAGCCAAAUCUCCCUCUAUAACUAGUCCCUCGAAAUCUGCAGAAAUUAGACAUCUACACACCCCUAUUAUCGAACAUUUUCCGACAAUGGCAGAUCUUAGCCACAGUCAAGGAAGACAAACAAUAAUGUCAAAUACUACAGUUGAAAGCCAUGAAAGAAAGCGAUCUAGUUCAGAACAUUCGGAAACAACAGGCAAUGAUAAAGAUAAAUUGGACACUGUUAGAGAUCAUAAGGAUGAUUCUAGAACAGCAAUAAGACCAGAUACUAGUCGAGGAUCAAAAGAACACACUAGUCCUCCCAAUGUAACAGUCAUACAACCCUCAUUAAAUCACCCAAUGUUCUCCUAUCUUUAUCAAAAUGGACUUUAUGGUGCAAGUCCCAGUUUACCGUUCCAUAUGGGGCAUAUGAUGCUGGGUCAAAAUGCUUUAGCGGGUAUGCCUCAAACCUCACUACCUUUGCCAUUCCUUCCACACCCCGGUGCUGAUAUGGGUCACCUAGCAACCGUCAGCCACAGCUCAGGAAACUCAAUUCACCCUAAUUUCCUUCUCAGUAGCCAGAUGGCAGCACUGCAUCCAUUGUUACAUCAAAAUUAUUCCCUCCCCCAUUCUUUAGAAAAUGUUUCCGCUGCACAUAUGCAUAACGGUCACAUGUCGCAGCUUCUAGCCUCACGGAAUAGUGCCAAUAGAUUCAAUCCAUACGGCCUCCCACAUACAAAAACAACCAUGGUGACCACUAGUACUCCCCUAGCUGCCUCUGGUAACAAUGGCAGGAUCGUGCAUGGCGGUGCAUCAAGGCGGCUAAGUGCCUCUAGUCCCGGCUCUCCCAACAGCCUCCAUUCCUUGCAUUCUCCUCCAGUUGCAACCAACCCAAAUUCUCCAAGCAGAAUAAGCCCCAAUUUACCCCCAACUCACUCCACCGCUAGCCAAUUGCGCCAUAUUGAACUCAUGGUGAACGGUCUCGAUAGACGACCUCGUAUGGCACACGAAAAAUAGUUCACCUCAGUUGUUGAUUAAGUUUUACAAAUUAUGUAUAGGUGCUUUCAAUUCUAGUCCAAACUAUCUUUCAGACGGAUAGAUAUAGUUUUUUUGUAUAUAUGUACACAGUGUAAUGUAUAUAAAUCGAUAUAGUGUUAUGUAAAUUAUACUAAUAUCUGUAUAUAUUUUCUAUGUAAGAUUAUGUCUUACUUUAUAGUUAAACCCCAAUACAGGGUUCAGGUGUAAUUUUGGCCCUAUGGAUCCAAAUCUCAAAUCAGCCACUAUAAUAUGUAGGACCAUGUAAUAUAUACCUUUUAAUUGUUAAUUUAUUUAAAAUUAGUAAGAAAGAGAUGCAUAUUUAACAAAUAUUACUCUGUGCAAAUAUCAUUGCUAAAUUUUACACUUGAAUGGUCUAAAAAUCAUAAAUGAGAAGUGACAUUUGCAAUACUUUAAACGCAUUUGUGAAAACCUUUUACAUCAUUACAUACACUUAUUAGGAGAUAGAAUUUAUGAUGCCAGGUUUAACAUUUUAUAUCAGUUGGUUAUUCUAAUGUAAUAAGUACAUACAUAUUGUAUGUACGCAUUUACUAUUAAAAUAGUUACUUUGUUAUAAAGAUGUCUGUUGAAUGUUAGAUACUAAUAUGAUAUUCACGAUAAGCUAGCUCCGUUGCUUCUUAAAAUGUAGAAAGAAUGACUAUCAUGACAUCUAUUAGCGAGAUUGUAUAUUUAUUCAUAACUUAUUCUCAUAUUUCUUUCGUAUUUAUAUUGUUAGUUAAUAUACUUGAAAUCGUUACUAUGGAAACUUACUUGGACUUGGUCGAUUGUUUAUUUUUUGUUAUGUAAUACAAUUAUGUUAAAUUGUUUAAUGUUCCAUCUCAUCUGAACUGAUAUUAACACGUAUGUUCUCUACAUUUUUACCUCUAUUCAUAACUAUUAUGUCUUUACCAUAAACGCCUACUUGAAACAUAUAAAUGGAUUGGACGACCUGAUCGUGAUAAAACUGAAUAUUAAGUUAAUUAAUAAAUUAAGAAUAGUAAAUACAAGCAAUG